AUGUUAAUGUUCAAAGAAUUUCUACGUAAAUUGUUUUCUGAUAAAUAUCAGUUAACAUCUCUUGAACUUAAUAUACCAAAUGAUCAUAAUUAUAAUGAUAUUCAUGAAUGUCUUUCAAUAAACAAUCCAGUUAUUAUUCAUUGUAUCACUCUUCAUCAUUUACAUAUUCAUUUAAUUUAUGGUUAUUUUCUUGAAGACAUUAUUAAAUAUGUACCUGCUCUUCAAACUCUUUCAGUUAUAUUCAAAGAUUCAUUAAUGCAAAAACGGUUAUAUGAGUUGAAGAUGAAACGAUUUCUAUCAAUUGAUUCCAAUUGGUAUGAAAAUGAAAAGAUGCCAAAAUUAAAAUCUUUCAGUUUAAAAAGUAUUAUAUUAAAUGAUUGUGAAUUAAAUUAUUUUAAGUGGAUAAUUAAUAAUGUAUAUCAUGUUGAAAAGUUAAAAAUUCGUUUAGUUAUAAAAAAUAAAACGAAUGAAAAUAAUAUUAUUGAUAUAAAUUAUCUUCGUAAAAAUAUAAUACCUGCUAUAUUAAUUAAUUUGGUUGAUUUCGAUUUUUAUAUUGUAUCGAAAUGCAAAUUAUUAUUCGAAAAUAAUAUUGAAAAAAUAAUUGAUUCAUUUAAAAAUAAUCGAAUUUCGAUUGAUCGUUAUUGGAGAAAUGUUCAAUGUUAUUUUGAUAGAAUUUCCUGA